GGCUUUCCUUCUUCAUUAAUUGGCGGUUACUAAGAAGUAACCACCUUUGUCGCUUUACAAACGCAUGCUCUCGGAAAACUCAUGCACUCUUGACUCAACACACUUGCCAAAUUUCCCAUCUAUCACCAAAGCCAAAUUAAUAUAUCUUGGGAACAAUUAUAUACAAAGUACUGCAAGAUCAGAAGAGAGCCCUCAGCUUCCUCCACCUUCAAACCUCAUGGAAGUCAUGCUUUCCGAGCUCAAGAAACAGAGAGGAAUGGCACUUCCCCUGGUGGCUAUGAACUUAACUUGGUUCGUCAAGAUUGUAGUAACGACGAUAUUCCUAGGAAAGUUAGGAGAGCUGGAGUUAGCUGGAGGGACACUGGGAUUCACCUUUGCUAAUGUCACUGGCUUCUCCGUCUUGAAUGGGCUUUGUGGUGCCAUGGAACCGAUUUGUGGUCAAGCUUAUGGAGCUAAAAACUUUAGGCUCCUGCACAAGACUCUUUUCAUGGCAGUUUUUUUGUUGCUAUUAGCCACCUUGCCUAUUUCUUUCUUGUGGCUUAAUGUCGACAAAAUUCUGAUCCAUUUCGGCCAAAAGGAAGACAUUUCAGCUGUAGCGAAGACGUAUCUUUUCUAUCUCCUCCCUGAUUUGGUGGCCACUUCAUUGUUGUGUCCUCUCAAAGCCUACUUGAGUUCCCAAAGUAUAACAGUUCCCACAAUGUUGAGCUCAGCUCUUGCCCUUGCUUUGCACAUACCCAUCAACAUCUUUCUUGCAAAAACAAAGGGUAUUCAGGGAGUCUCUAUGGCAAUAUGGAUAACUGAUUUCGUACCCGUAAUACUCCUAGCUUUGUAUAUGUUUGUGAUAGAAAAUAAAAAAGAGGGAAGGUGGGAGCAGGGAGGGUGGCUGGACCAGGGUGCUCGAGACUGGCUCAGGCUAUGCAGGCUGGGCGGUGCAUGUUGUCUCACAACCUGUCUUGAAUGGUGGUGCUAUGAGAUCUUGGUCUUGUUAUCAGGAAGGCUAGCCAACGCUAAGCAGGCGGUAGGAAUCUUAGCCAUUGUGCUGAAUUUCGACUACUUGCUCUACGCAGUGAUGUUGGCUCUAGCCACGUGCGUGUCCACAAGGGUGUCGAAUGAGCUAGGAGCAAAUCAACCUGUGUCCGCAUGUCGGUCUGCGUUUCUGUCACUGGCUAUGGCUGCAGUUUCAGGUUGCAUUGGAGGAUCGGUGAUGGUUGGCGCAAGAGGCACCUGGGCAUCUUUAUUCAGCCAUGAUAAGGGAACCAUCAAAAGUGUGAAGAAGAUCAUGCUACUAAUGGCUGCAGUGGAAAUUGUAAAUUUUCCUUUGGCGGUCUCUGGAGGAAUCGUCCGUGGAACAGCUACGCCUUGGUUGGCCAUGUAUGCCAAUCUUGGUGGGUUCUACCUCUUAGCUUUGCCCUUGGGUGUGAUUUUAGCCUUCAGGGCUGGUCUUGGGCUAAGUGGCUUGCUGCUAGGAUUUCUGGUUGGGAUGGUUGUCUGCUUGGUAAAUCACACAAACAUGUUCAACAUGGGAAUUACCAUAUCUGUUCGAGCCCAACAGAAACUUCAUUAUGCAGGCAAGAAAUAACAAAGGCUGCAGAGAACGUUCAUUUCUCUGGU